AUGAUUAUCAAUCGUAUUUUAAAUUUAAUUGAAUCAAUCGUCAUUUUGACGUUAUUAACAUGUAUUCUAUGUGAACAACAGCAGCAACAGCAACAAUCAUCUAAUCAAUUAUUUCAUAUUCUGACUUCUCUAAAACCAUUUCGUUCACAAAUUUGUCAAUUUAAAUUUGAAAAUUGUAUUCAAGAUUCUUCCUAUGCUGAUCAAUUAGAUACUGAUUGUAAUAUAUAUUCACGUUUACGUGAUUGUUUUCGUUCAUUACUCGAUGAAUCUCAAUGUUUAUCAUCUCAACUUAAACAUCAAUAUAAAAAAGCUAAACAAAAUGAAUACGAAGCAUGUGGUGUUACUUCAUCUUAUCAAUCUGCUCAUUCAUCAUGUUUUGUUCACAAGUUUCGGUUGAAGGAAAAAAAACCGAAUGAAUCAACAUCAUCUCAAUCAAAAGAAUAUGAAUGUCUUUGUAUUGGAAGUCAAAAUCUUGGAACACGUAAACCAAUAAUAAAAUUAAAAGUAGUAACAGUGCCUUCUCUUCAUCGUCUAUUCGUAUUAAGUGAUAAUUUUAUUCAAAUACUUGAUAGUGAUAAUUUACAACCUAUUCCAAAUAUAAAAAUAAAAAAUGUACUAACAUUUUGUAUAGCAAAUAGAUCUAGUCAAGAAGCACAUAUUGAUAUAUGUGUGUCAAUAAGAAAGAAUAAAGUACAAAUCUAUCGAUUGGAUAAAACAAAUAUUAUUACUUCAAUAAAUGAAAUAUCUAUACAAGAUUCAUUCAUAUCAAUUUCAAUGGAUGAUCAUGGUAUUAUGGCAUGUACGGAAAAUGAAUAUUUUUCAUACAAUCCACCAACUAGUGCUGAUCGUCGAUCGAUAGGCUCUUUCAAUAGUAUAUUUGAAUUAAAUGAUCCUAAUAUAUCAACUUGUUUCACAAAUAUUUCUCCGGGGCAAUAUUUACUUAAUGGUCCUCAUGUUGGUGUUACAACUUCGUUAGAAGGUACAAGUCAACGUGCUCCAUUAAUGUUUACUAGUCCACCUUUGAAUUUUAUCUAUUCACAUCCUUAUUUAAUUGUACUUGUUAAAGAUUAUAUUCAAAUAUACAGUUAUUUGGACGAUAAACUUAAACAAGAAAUAUUAAAACAAUGUCGAACAUUAACAAAUAUGCAACAAGAAAAUUUAAAAACUGUUAUUCUGACGGAUAAAGAUAAUAUUUAUUUACUUGAACCACUUGGUCUUGAAGAACAAAUUGAUCAAUUACUUAAUCAAUAUCGAUUACAAGAAGCAUUAACAUUAGCAGAAAGUAAUUGUUCAUUAGUAGAACAACGUAGAACAAAUCCACUUGUUUUAUUAACAAAAAAACGUAUUGCAUUUAUUGAAUUUGGUGCAAUGAAUGUUGUUCGUGCAGUAAAUUUAUUCGUAGAGAUCCAUAUUGAUUUUCAUGAAAUUAUAUCACAAAUACCAAAUUUUUUACCACUAGAUUCUUCAUGGCCAGCUAUAGAUGAAAAUCUUCAAAAUCAAUAUACUCAAUGGUUAAAUGCAUGCUGUGAUUAUAUGACAAAAAAAUCAGUCGACUUUUCUCGUCACCCAGACUAUUAUCCUGCGUUAUUAAAAGCAUAUAUACUUAUUAAAAGCCAUGAAACUGUUAACGAAUUUAUUGAAACUAAUUCUUUACACAUUCCAGUUGAUUAUACGAACAUUCUAAUUGAUGCAAAGUUUUAUCAUGCUGCAGCAUUACUUUCAUCGGCGCAUCAAAAACAUGAACAAGCAAUAAAUAUAUGGAAAAAACUUAUAUCGAAUGAAUAUUCUAAUGAUGAAACAUUUCCUGGGAUAUGGAUUAUUGCAAAAUAUAUAAUUGAAAGAAAUUUCGAUCGAUCAUUGGAAUUCUCUACUGCAGAAUGGUUACUGGAACGACAUGAGGAAGACUUAGCAAUUAAAAUAUUUACUAGUAAAUACAAAAAUGAAUCAAAUAAUGAUCCAUUCUCUUCAGAUCGAGUUAUUAAUAUUUUAAAAAAACAUUCAACAGCAUUGGUAGCUUAUUUGGAAUAUGCAGUAUUUAAAUUAAAACUCGAGUCUGAUCAAAUUCAUACAAUGUUAGUUAAUAUUUAUCUUGAUCAAAUUUUAUCAAAAUCCGAUGAUGAUAAUGAACAAAUACGUUCAAAAUUGCAAGCAUUUAUAAUCACAUCUAAUUCUUAUCGUAUUCAAACGGUUUUAAAUCGAGUUAAUCAAACAAAUCGAUUACGUCGUGAAGUCGCUCUUCUCAAUGGCAAAAUGAAUAAUUUCGAUCAAGCUUUUCGAAUACUUAUUGAUGAACUUGAAGAUUUUGAAUAUGCAGAAAAUUAUUGUAUCACUUUAUCACAAGGAAAAUCUAGUGAAGAUAGAAAAAUAGUUGCUCAUAUUUUAUUUAAAGUUCUUCUUAAUUCAUUAAAAAAAAAUUCAGAUAAAACAACUCAAGUAUUACUUCAUAUUCUAUGUAAUAAUGAAAUUGAAUUUGAUUUUAUCGAAGUGUUACAACAAUUACCAUCACAUUGGUCACUUGCAUCAUUAUCUCAAAUACUUCUACGUGCUUUACGUACAUAUUCAUAUACUCAACGUUCAACUAAAAUUGAAUCAGCUUUAGUUCGUGUACAAAAUGAACGAUUACAUACUAAAUUAAGCCAAUUAAAAUCUUUAAAUACACUUGUUAAUGAACAUCGACAAUGUAAACAUUGUUUACAACAUUUCUAUGAAACAUCAUGCGUUGUUUAUCAAGAUGGUAGUCAAGGUCAUGUUCAUUGUGCAAAAAAAUACAAUCAAAAACAGUAA